AAUGUAUACGGAAAUCUGCGUCACACCAAGCGGUCACGUGACAUAGAGGGCGCUUUGCGUAGGUUCCCGACUGCUGCCGAGUGUGGGUUCAAAUAAAAAUUGUUUCCACUUUUGUUUGCCAAAAUCACAGAAUUAAACACCAAACAACAUACUGUGCAGGACACAACUGACAAUGUGAGGCCCGGAAGCCUUUUCCUGUAAUGUCGAGCGAUUCAGCCCCUUUCGUCAGCAGCCCCAUGGUUUCAGAAAUGAAGAACAUUGCUGCCGAGUCCAUGGAAGUGGAAGGACCUACCAGCGCGGACAAAUUGACGGCCAAGCAUGACAUUGACAAUGAAAAGGUCUCAAAGGUCAAUGGCGUGGAUGAGGUAUCUGCCAACGGGUUAGCAGAUAACCAGGAUGUAGAAAUGGAGGUAGACUCUGUCACAAACAUCAAUGAGAAAGCAAACAUGAACUCUUCGAAUUCCUCUGAGAAAACCAAAGAAAUUGAACUGAGUGCUCAGUCAUAUAAUGACAAAAUAGAUGACGAGCAAGCAGGGUCAUUGAAUGAAGAUCAAAAUAAAAAUGGAAUUAGUUCAAAUAAAGGUGAUGAUGAACAUUCAAUAGAUUUGAAUAUUGGAAAGCUUGAGGAUAAUAGGAAACAAAGUGAAAAAUAUUCAAGCGAGACCAAUAAACUGCUAGACACAGUUAAGGAUGAGAAUGGUGGAGAUAUUUUGAUAACUCUCAACGAGGAUAACAAUGCUGAAAAACAAGCGAAUGUGUCAGGCACCGAUGUGGAAACAAAUGAAAGUAAAAAGAAGAGUGUUUCUAAUGCCGAUAACUCCUCAAAAGCAUCCAGUGUUGCUGGCAGCCUUCCUGCCCCACCUCCUUUGACUCCCGCCCCAGGGGUGCGAGUUACAGCCUCAGGGAUGACAGUGCGGUUGCCAGGGAGCAGCAAUAUGGUCGUACACCCUGUAUCCAGUAUGCCAAUGCUUGUCAGUAGCUCAGGCCUUGGAACUGGCCUUCCUCAACAAGUUGGUGCCACGGUUAAUGGAGCCCCAGUGGUGCAGCAAGGCUCGCAGUUGGGGUACAUCACUAAGAUCGGCAAUCAGACGCUCUUUGUGCCACUGUCUGCGGCAGUAAAUAUCAAGAAUACGACUUUGCAGAAUAGCAGUGCAAUUAUGAGUCAGCUGUCCCAGGUGGCAAAACAGUCUGGGCAGGUUGUCAGCUCGCAGCCUGGAAAAGCUCAGGCUGUCAUCAAUCAGGGUUUUCCACAGCCGAAAUCUAGCUGGGAGAUGAUGGAAAUGAUGAGAUGGGAGGUAGCCAACAGGAUAGCGGACAACUGGAACUGGUCCAUAGCCUUUCACCAAAAGAAAGAGGAGCUUAGCUCGGUAACAAACUUUCUACUUGAGCUUGGCAGUGAUGUUGUGAAAGAGCAGGUUUAUAAAGACAUUAUUCAGAUUCAGACCAAGAAGAAGGAAAAUGGGGACUUGAAGGACCAAGAAGUCGAAAGUUUGGAGAAAAUGAAGACAGUGUAUGAAAAUACCAGAAAGAAAGUGGAACAUUUGGAGUUGGGAAAAGUAAAUUGUGAAAAGUGUGACUUUCAGUCUGAAUCAAACCUUGUGUUGGAAAAUCACUUUGAUUUUCCACACUUUGAACCUGAGUGGGAUGUCAACAAAGGCUGGAUGGUGUGCACACAUUGCAAAUAUAGGACUAAAGUAAUUGCCCAGUUUGUUUUUCAUAUGAACGACAUGCACAAACGACAGGCAAAGUUUAUGGAGCGUGAUCCUCCGUUUCAGUGUCCCCUGUGUCCCAUGAACGCUUCCACGAAGAACAAGCUUGAGAAGCAUCAGACCAAAUGCACGAAGCAUUUCAAACUGAACAUGAAUCUCCAGCCGUAUUACCACGACGUCAACUUCUGCAUGAAGUCGGUCUACUACAAGCCAAAGAAACCCGUGGUCAGACCACCCCCUCCACCACCAGCACAACCAAAAGUGGUACCAAAGCCAUCUCCGACGAUGAAUACUCGCCAGCAGGGCAUGGUGCCAAUGGCAGUUCCUGUUGCUAGGCAAUUAGUGCCUGUUGCUAGACCACAACAGAGGCCUGCCAUUACCAUUCCAUCUCCACCGCCAUUACAAAAUCAUGCAGCUAACAUCAUCCGACCGACUUUUGCAGGACCCACUAUGACCAGACCAAUGCUUUCACAAAACCUGGCCAUGCGUUUGUCAGCGCCACAGCAGGCUCCUAGACCACCGAGACCAGAAAUGGCUGGCUUUGAAGUGUGCGAGCUUUGUGGGGGGUACGUCAAAGACAGACAGGCCCUACGAAUCCACUUCUACUACGCCCAUAAAGUCGAAUUGCCCCUGGCGGUUUUUCUCAAAGAGAAUGCCCCUCUUUCAUGCCAGGUGUGCAAAUUGAACUUCUGGACCACUCAAGGACUCGCCAAGCAUAAGACAACCAGUCGCCACUUUGCCCCAACAGGUGCCACAGAGAUAAACAUAGCGACCAAUCAGUGCUUCAUGUGCCUUCGUAAGGUGAGCAACAUCUUUACCCACGUGGAACAGACCCAUGGCAUGACGAUGAAAGACUUAGUGCUCAUGAAGAAAUGCAUCAUGUGUGGCGCCACUUCCACAGACAGACAAGCUCUUGAAAAGCACAUAGCUUCCAUUCACGGGAUCGUUAUCAAGACGAGUGACUAUGUACCUGACAAGGCACCCAAUGCGCCCAAUGCCCCACCAACAGUUGUUCCAGUUCUUCCCCAAAAAACUCCUUCACCCAGUGUGCCUCAGACAGCAAAGAACAUAGGAAAGAUCAAUUACUGCGUAUUUUGUGAAAUUCAGUUUCCGGAUAACAUUCAGCUUACUGUACACUGCCUGAAAAAGCACGCAACAUGCAAGACCUGUGGAAUGGUGGUACAAAAUGCGAGUUUCCUCACCAACCAUGAUGCCAAUUGUAUGAAGGCAAAUAAGAAGUGCAGCAUCUGUGGUCUGAGGAACAUGACUCCAGACAGCUAUGCAAUGCAUUUGAAGCGACAUAUCAAGCCCAGCCACGUGAAAAUAUUAAAUAUGUCUGAAGAUCAAAUUGAUGAUGCCAAGGAGAAGUUGAAGCGAGAAUACAAACCGGCCGUUAUAAGUCUGGAUUCUGAAGAUUCUGAUGUUGAGGUCGUGGAUACUGAUGAACCUGAUGGGAAGGGUAAAGACACAAAAGAGGGGGAGAGUGCUGAAAAGGCCGAGAGCGCUGAUCAAAAUGAUACAAAAGAUCUUAAUGAUUCCAAAGAGGAAGUUACUAAUACUACAAAAGAAGCUAAAGAUGAUGAUAAUCAAGAAUCAGGAAGGGAAGAGAUUAAUUCAAAUACUUACAAAAUUUCAAAUAUUGAAAUCGAUAAUGAAGAUCGUAAAGAAGUGAAAGAAAUAGUGGGGUCUCAGUCUCAAAAUGGGCAAAACACUAAGGACAACAAUACAAUUGACAUAAGUAAAUCUACUACUGGGGACACAGAAAAGUUCAAUGAAGAUUUAACUGACAUUUCUGAUGAGAAAUUUCCUAAAGGAAAAGCUGAAAGUAGUUCAGCGACUGCAGUUAAAAAUGAUGCAAAUACAGACGCAGUUGUGAAUGAUAACAAUGAGGAUUUUAUAGACGAAAACAUUGGUACAGACAUGAAAAGCCAGGGCAGUGUCCAGAAAGAAAUAGAUGAGGACUUAUUACUGGGUACUGAGGAAGGGCAAAUGUUGAUGAAAAGAAAAAUGUCAGAAGAUGGCUCGUCUUCAGAUAUUGGUGCUGAAUCAAAGAAACUUAAAUUAGACGAUGGCAGCUCAUCAACAGAUGGUUUUGUUGAUAAUUCCAAAAUGGACACUGAAUGAUUUAUAUUGGGUUCAUGAUUAUGUGAUUAUGGAUGAAAGUUGUAUAUGAUGAUUUUAUUUACAUGCAAAGAUUUAUAUUAUUAUGAGAAACUGGUGUCAUAUUUUGUUUAUAUUAUGGUUAAUGAUCUAUGUUGUAUUUAUAGAUUACGUGUUCUCGAUUUCGAAAUAUUUUCUACUUUAUAAUGUAUACUAAGUAUAACUGAACAUUACACUUACAGCCGUUACUGUUAACUUGUCUAGCUCUGUGUUCACAUCUGUUUUACAUGUUGUUUCAAUUUAAUUGAACAUAAAUACAAUUUUUUUUUGGUAAGGAAAUGCUUGAAAAUAUGAAUAAAUAAUGUAUUUCCUUACAAAACUAACAACAACAAAUCAUUCACUUGUUCACAAUACUGUUUUUUGCAAGUAUAAUAUUCGUUUUCCUGAAAACUCUGUAUUUCAACCUCUGCAUUUAUAAGGUGCAAAUAGCCAUUUAAUGAAUCUUAAUUUAUUCAUCUGAUCUGCAAUAUGUUACUUAGUUUUCACACAUCUGUAGCUGUAGUAGUACUCACUUCGAGUAAAAUGUGCCACUCCAGACAUUUACAUUUGUAUAGUUUUAAUUAUCAGUAUAUGGUACAUAGUAAAAUCCAUGUAAAUAUGUUUUUGUCAACUUACAUCGGAUGAUGGUAGAACUACAUCAUUUCUUUUCAAGUACUGCUGAUUGUUAGUGUUGUAUUGAAUGUCUCAAUUAAACUUUGAUCACUUG